AUGGGUGCCGCAUCAGAUGCUCGUGCGCCAUUGGAGUCCACCACCAAUGAGGCUCGAACCCCAACACCAUCUCCACCCUCAGGCACAGCCAAAACAGGACCAAUUCUUCGUCGUAAGUCAGCCACACAGGCUCUCGGGGCAUACCUCGACUCAUCAGAAAGCUAUCCAUCCCCUCACAACUCCAUCUACGAAGCGCCCUUCGCCGCCAGCCAGGAGCACCUAGACAGCAGCGCGACAAAUGAUUGGGACAAUGCUGGCUUGGGGAAUAUAAACCAUCUCACAAUGACGUCCAACCAUGAUGAAUCGCCAGCCUGGCUUAACAUCACUAUGGAUGCAUCUGGCUCUCCAGUCCCCGCCUCAUUCCUCCGCAGCACGGAGACAGCGUCCCCUGAAAAGCUCAUGCAUACGCCCCACGUCCUCUAUCCUAUCACUGAGCAAUCCUCUCUUGCCACUUUACGCCCGCUAUCUAUAGUAGCGCACUCUUCAGCAGCCACCCUCCGCGCGCGCGCCUCCGGCCUCAAGCGCAAGUCCUUCUCCACAUCCGACCUCCCACCAUCUCCAAACCCCACAUCCCAACGGCGCUCUCGUCCAUCCUCUCCCGUGCUCACACCAAUCCAACCGCGUCACCCACCACCAACCCGCAGCCCCACGCCUCCUGGUCUGCCCUCCUUCAACAAGCCCGAAGCUUCCAACUAUCGCCUGCCACCUCCACCAGCACGCUUUCGUGACAAAUUCCGUAGCCCCACCGCAGCUGAAAGAGAAUGGCUAAAGCAGACGGUCGGCUUACCGAAAGGCGUCGUGAUGAGAGGGGAAGAUGGGGUGCUCGUGAGGGGAAAAUUUACGCCGAUUCGAAGUGGGCAUUUGCCACCACAGAGGCAGGUACACGGUGUCUAUGGACUGCCCACAACAGGAUCUGAACAGGGGCAAAGGACGAUGACGGGCGUGCUUACGGAUGAUCAGCCGCCGCGAGUAAUAAGAUUUGAGGACCGAGAUAGAACUGCAAAUCGCAAUAUAAAAGGCCGGGAAGGGCACACCGAGCAUGGCGCAAAGCCGAAAAAAAAGACGGAAAGGGAGGAGAGGGCGAAGAAAUGGCUGAAGAACGCGUACUGGCUCAUCUUCUGCUGCGGGCUUUGCGAGGAGUGGGAUCUGGCGGCUGACAGUCACCAGCACGGGGUUCGAAAUAUAGUAGUGAGGGGUGGAAGAGGGCGGCGUGGAGGCUGCUUGGGCCGAUUAUACCCCGGAGAACUGAGAAAUUGGUAA